AUGAAGUCCUCCUUGAUCCUGAGGGUCGCCUUGCUACUGACGAUAACGCAUAUUGCUCAGGCACGCAAGUUAGGAUGCACCUCUUGCGGAGGAGGUUUAAGCUCAGGUACUAACCCUUGCAAGUGCGAGGACGUGGUGGUGAAAGCAGCUAAGGUGCAGAAGCCGUUGUAUCACGCGACUCCGGAGGCGAUCAACGAAGCAGCGGCCGUGCGCGAGUCAGGGUCCACUACAACGUUUCCCGGGAACGUCGUGCCCUUUUCUCAAUAUAGUCAGACUAGCAGAUUAUAUGGAGUCAGUAGUGGUAUUAGUCACAGUAGUAGCAGUAGCAGUAGCAGCAGCUCUGCGAGUUCCUCGUCUACCGUCAAUUUUCUGGGAGGAUCUGUUGGAAGAGACCUGAGUAGCUUCGACCCCUUCGCAAGGAAGUACGAGUCCGGCUGCGGAUGCGGGAGCAAGUCCAAAGUGGAACUAAACAGCCUCUUGUCGUCUAACACUCAGGCGCAGAUUGUACCCAGGUUCCCGCCAAUCGGCGACUUGUGCACCCCGAACAAACUGACCAGAGACGAAGUGUCCACCAAAGUGACCCCGGCGUAUCCCAAACUCAAUUUCCAACAAACUGUCGAGCCUGUCUGCGUGAACGUGGUCAACGGUCAAAUCGACAAAGCUGAUUUGAGCAAACUCGCCUCGUACAGCGGCACCGGUGGACUGUUCGGUGGUCCCAUCGGUACGACUGGUAGCCUUGGUGGCUACACUUCCAACAUCGUCAGCAACACACUUGGAUACAAAUACGGUGGUUCGAGUAGUUACGGAUCAAGCUCGUCAAGCGGAUUCUCAUUGGGAUAUAAAGACGGAUGGGGUAAUAUCGAUAGGUCAGGUACGACGGGCAGUCUCGACACAGGCUGGUAUCGGAUAAAAAAAUCGUACACGGGUUCUAAUAUAGGUUCUAAUGUCGGCAUAGAACUGAACUCCGGGACAAGCAGGUUCGGUGGAUACGGCACGUCGUACGGGAGCGUUUACGCGCAAGAGCCGAUCGAUCGCAACGGAUGCACCGAUUUCGGCGAAGAUCUCGAGCUUCCCGAGGACUACUCGUACCCUCGGCAACCAGCGGACGCGGUCUCGCUCACUCUGGCCUACAAGAAUCUCUUCCCGUACACCGUGGUGCACAACAAGAGGUGGUUCGUGCCGGAAGAUAAGCUGGCAUUUGGGCACAGAACGGUGCCGGUCGAAUCGCUACCCAGCAAGAAGCCGUCGGAUAUACCUGAGGAGCAGCUGCAGAUCCUCGAUAAGCCAAUCGUGGAGCUGAAACCUGCGGCGCCGAUUUCAGUGAGCCUCGGCGUUUACAACGAGCAGGAAGAAGCCAAGCUGGCGGAGCUCGAGGCCAUCGAGCGCGAGAGGAUAAAUCAGGAAGAGACCGCCAGCCAGCCGCGGGGGAACUUCAUCACGUACGGAGACCUAGGAUACGCGCCAGUAGACGGAUUCAUAAUGCCAGGGAGAUUAACAAAGUCCGGACAAAUAAACUCCGGAAUCGGUUUGAGCAAUACCGAAGACGUUAUCGGCGAAGGCUGCGGUCCGAUGGGACCGCCGCUUCCCGGCUACGUUCCCGGUACAAUCGUGGUCAAUCGAGAGGUCGUAGAAAUCGAAGGAGAGGACGAAAAUGACAACCAGAGGAGCGAGGACAACAUUCGCCACUACCUGGACGACGUGAGCGACGAGGAAGACGAUAUCGAUGAUACGACGUCUGGGAUAUUCGCUAAACUGAAGAGCACCGCUCAGAAAUACGGGCCAGUCAUGUGUCCUAGGUGAUCUCUUUUUUUUUUAGGAAAUGACAAAGAUAUGGCUUCCUCCAGUUUGAAGACUCACGAUCAUCAAGACCAAUCUCUCAUUCGUCGUCUCGA